ACUUAGUUGACUAUAAACCUUAUACCAACUACGAUACAUCAUCCACUUGGUUGCUAUAAUCCGUUCGAGGUAAGGAUAAUUUAUUUAGUUAGUUCUUCAAACAAAGAUGGAAGACGCAACUGAUAUUUCGUUCUACUUGGGUAAACAAGCAGUUGAGUCAAUUGGAAACUUGGAUAUUCCAUUAAGUAAUGGACAAAUCGUCAGUAUCAAUCUUGUGAAUGAAUUACCUGAUGACCCAAAUGAAUUAAUCAGCUUUUUGGAAACCGAGAACUGUCCGAAGAAGUAUUGGAUUGCUGUUGGUCAAGCCUAUGCACAAUCAAACAAACUUGACGAUGCUGUGAAGCUUAUUACUAAGGCAUUAUCAUUAAAACAAUUCAAUGAAAAAGACAAGGUUUCUUUGAACUCCUUUUUAAGUUGGGUGUAUUUGAAAUAUGCUUCGAAAGGAAUAAACAAGCAGGAAAACUUGACAAAUGCCUCUGACUUGAUCAAUAAAAUCAAUAGCAUGGAUAAUGCUAAUGUUUCUAAUAUCUUAGCAAGAGGUACUUUAUAUCUUUACAGAGAUGAAGCUGACUAUGCUUUGCAAACCUUUGAUAGAUUAUUGAAGAUUGAUAGUAAUAACUGUUUUGCUAUUUUAAGUAAAGCUAACCUCAUAUUGAAUAAGAGUAAAAAUUACACUAAUGCAUUGAAAUUGUACCAACAGGUUUUGCUUUUAAAUCCAGUUAUGACUCCAGACCCAAGAAUUGGUAUUGGUUUAUGUUUCUGGCUUCUUAAAGAUGAAAAAAUGGCUUUAAAUUCAUGGGAAAGAGCUUUAGAGAUAAAUCCAAAUAAUACAAAAGCUAAAAUUUUAUUAAAUUUGUCUAAGUUCAACGCUCUAUUCAACAACUCAUUAACUGAUGAAGAAUUUAUAAAAAAUUAUAAACUCUGUUUAACCGACUUAUCUGAAAUUUAUAAGGAUAACCAAAAUGAUCCGGUUAUUUUAUUAACAUUGGCAUCCUAUUAUUUUUCCAAAGGUAGUUAUGAAUUGGUUGAAAAAAUUGUAACCCAUGUCAUCAAAACAAUUUCCGGUGGUAACACAAAUUCUGUAAAAUCUCAUGGAAAUAAAUUAAGUUCAUUCCAAGCAAACAUUUUAUCCCAUGCUUCUUUUUGGUUAGGUAGGAUUUCUUUUAUUAAGAACGAUUUUGCUCAAUCACAAAGAUAUUUUCAUGAAUCAAUCAAACUUAAUGAGCAAAACCUACUUUCGAAAUUAGGUUUAGGUCAAUCCCAAAUUGGGAGAGGCUCUACUGAAGAAGCUAUAUUAACUUUUGAAUCGAUUUUGAAAACCAACUCCAAAUGUUUAGAAGUUAAUUAUGCUUUGGGUUGCUUAUAUUCUCAACAAAAGAGUAAAAGAAAACAAGAACAAGCAAUUCAAUUCUUGGAAAGAUAUUUGAGAUUAUCAAGCAAUCGUGGAUUGAAUAGUGAAGGUGAUGAUACUACGCUCUUAAACAAAGAGCCAGUUGCAUUGAACGCCUUCCUCAUAUUGAGUCAAUUGUAUGAGACUAGGGACAUGGGACAAGCUUUGACUUACUUAAAUAAGGCCAUCGAAGAAAGAAAAAGAAUUGGCCAAGAUGCACCAUUGGAAGUUUAUAAUAAUAUUGGUGUCUUUAAUUUCAUUAAAAAUAACUAUGAAGAUUCUAUUGAAAGUUUUAAGACAGCUUUAGGUAAGUUGGAUGAUCCUGAAGGUUUCAAAAGUGAAGACGGUGAUUUGUUAAUUGAUUUACCAAAUGACUUGAAGGUUUCUAUAAAGUUCAAUUUAGCUAGAUCCACCGAAUUUAGUGAUUCCUCGGAUGAUGCCAUUGAUAUUUACGAAUCUUUAUUAAAAGAAUGCCCUCACUACUUCUCUGCCAAACUCAGGUUAUUAUUUUUAGAUUGUAUAUCAAACAAAUCUGCUAAAGAAGAUAUCAAAUCUGAAAUUGAUGAAUUAUUAUCUUUAAAUGCUUCAGACUUAGAAAUAAGAUCAUUCUAUGGUUGGUUUGUGAGAAACUUUGGUAAAAAAUUAAACUUAAACCCUGAUUCUGAUACAACCCAUCACAGAGAUACCUUAGUCAAGUAUGAUUCACAUGACUGUUAUGCUUUGAUUUCCUUAGCUAAUAUCUACUGUACAAUGGCAAGAGAUAUCAAAGGAUCAUCAAAUGACGAAAAGAAGAAAAGAUAUUACAUCAGAGCUAUAGAAUUAUUCACCAAGGUUUUAUCAGUUGAUCCUAAAAAUGUUUAUGCUGCUCAAGGAUUAGCUAUUGUCUAUAUUGAAAAUAAAGAGCAAAACAAAGGUUUGGAUAUUUUGAGAAAAAUUAGAGACUCCUUGAAUGAUAUUUCAAUCUACUUAAACUUGGGUCAUGUUUUGGUUGACUUAAAACAAUACAGUAAAGCUAUUGAAAAUUAUGGUAUCGCAUUGGCAAGGUACCUGAAUCCUAACGAUUCUAGAAUAUUAUCAUUCUUAGCUCGUGCUUGGUACUUGAGAGGUAUAUCAGAAAAAAGUUUCCCUUACCUUAAGAAAUCUUUGGAAUACUGUCAAGAGGCUUUAGAUUCUUCACAAGUAUCUAAGUCAUCGUUGAAAUUCAACUUAGCUUAUGUUCAAUUUCAAACUGCAGAAUUUAUUAGUAAAUUUCCUGUUGAACAAAGAAAUGUUGAUGAUAUCAAUGAAACCAUUCUUAACUUAAAUGAAGCAGUUAAAACAUUCACUGAGUUGUCAUCAGAUGCUGAAAAACAUUCCCCAUAUCCAAAACAAGAGCUUAAGGCAAGAGCUUCAUUAGGAGGAACUACCUUGUUAAAUAGAUUGAAUGUCUGUCUUGAAGAAGUUAAAGAGAAUAUUAAUAAGGUCGAAGAAAAAUUAGAACUUGCUAAAAAAUUGAGAGAAGAAGAAGAAGCAUCAAAGGUUAAAGAGGCAGAAGAAGCUAAAGCUGCCCUUCAAGCCAAGGAGGCUGAAUUGGCUAAAGAAAGAGCCAAAUUACAGGAACAAGCACAACUAUGGGCUGAAGAAGCUAGAAUGAACGUUGUUGUUGACGAUGAAGACGACGAUAAGAUAUUCAAUGAAGAAACUGCUGAAAAAGAAAGCAAGAAAAAGAAGGGAGGAAGAAAAGCCGGUUCUACCAAUAAAGGAGCAAAGGGUAAGAAGAAAGGUAGAAAGAAUAAGGCAGUUGUUGAAGACAGUGAAGAAGAAUCACCGGAACCUUCUGAUAAUGAGUCCGAAGAGCAAGCUUCACCUAGAAAGAGAAAGAGUGCUGUUAGUGGUGAUGAAGAUGAGGACGAUGAUAACAUAAGUGCUAAGAACACAAAUAAAAAGAAGAAAUUCAAGUCUAGCGAUAUAAUAGAAGACAGUGACGACGAGUUGGACGACGACUUGUUCGGUGGUGAAGAUAACAAUGAAGAAUCAAAGCCAAAUGAUGAAGAUUAGACUUGGUCUCGUAAUAGAGUUCAAAAGAACUCAACUUGUUGUAUAAAUUUUGUAAAUUAAUCGAACUAUAUAUUACUAUAUAUUUGAAAUAAAGUUAUAAUAGCC